UGAAACAUAAGGAGAGUGCUGCUCGGGUCUGAGAGGUUCGGGUUCGGGUUCGGGUUCGGUAUGGCCGGUUCUGGAGUCGGGGCAGGUGGCGUCGUGGCUAAUCAAGUCGACCCACAAAUCACCGCGCUCAAUCAACAAGCUAGCAGAGAUGCAGCUCAAGGGUACAGGGAUAAGCGCUUUUUACAGCUCACCUGUCCACACAAUUUGGAUCUCUACAAACCGGAUGACUUCAUCAGCGAUGAAAUGUCCAGUUACGGAAGCGUAGACUUUGAGAGAUCAUCCACCUCAUCGAGGAAGGAGCCUGACGCGGAGCCUGCGGUCAUCAGCAGGAGGAAGGAGAGAGCGAGGAUCAGGAGACGCAGAUCCAAGGUUUUGAAGGCUGCGGUAAAAUCCCUGGCAGCGCAGGCCUUGAGUUUCCAAGCCACGGAAAUGCUAAAACCGGAGAAGAAGGAGAGCUCAUCAUCCGCAGCUGGCGGGCCGGAGUGUAAAAUGCUCAAGACCGAGUGUGCAGGAGAUUCAACAAACAACAUGGAGGCAGCUGAGACGCCUGAGACUCUUCUAACUAUCGCCAAUCCAGAAGCUGAAGAACAGUCCAGCGUGGAAUUUGUUCAUCGAGAGACCCUGAAUGAGGAGCAGUCCGGACCCGAGUCUGCCCAUGACCAUGUGACAAACAGUACAGAGCAGCAGGAGGAGCACGUUAAUCCUCCAGAUGGUGCACAAGAGGAACCGAGCUGCCUCGAGAACCCAGAAAUGAAGAUCACAGUCCAGAGGGUAGAUUUCAUAUGUUCUGUGUGCAAGUUCCACUCGUUCUACAAGAAGAACUUUGAGGCCCAUUUGGAGAGCGAAUUCCACAAAGAUCACUUCAGGUUCCUGUCGGAGCACCUCCCUAAAACCACUGUGGACUUCCUACAGUUAUAUUUCGGGAAUAAGCAGAAGAAGGUGGAGGAUUUUGUUAACCAGAUACCAGAUCACCGCGCUGCCAUCUGUCAGCUGUACGAGGACCGGGACAGGACGCAAGGUAUAGGGAUGGAGCACUUCAUGAGGAAGGUAGAAGCCGCCCACUGUUUAGCGUGUGAUGCCUGCUUCCCCAUGCAGAAUUCCUUAUUGCAGAGUCACCUCAAGUCCCCUCAUCACAAACACAACUGCAAGCUUAUGAUGGAGGAAUCUAAAAACUCAGGACUGGCGUACGCCCGGAGGAUCCUCAGUCGCAGUUCUCUUCGCAAGAACCUUAGGCUCUACCGUAAGGCUCUCAACAGGCAGGUUGGGUCUGAAAUGAAGCCAGAAGAGCUUGCAGAGCAAAGGGCAGCUCCAGAUGCACAAGCAGGAGAUCUGGUGGAGCCAUCCGAUGAACAGACUGCCCAAGCCUCGGAGGCAGGAGGAGAUCAAGAGAUGGAGCAGUUUCCUGAGGUUUCUGCAGAGAAAGCAAGGGACGAAGAUGUUCAAGAGGAACCUGAAGAAGCCAACCAGAAAGAAUUGUUUUUCGACUUUCUAGAUGAAGAGGAAGAUGUGGAAGGGGUAGAGUUGGGAGAGGAAGAACAAGAAGAGGAGGCAAGAGCUUUGACCUCUAUGACCUUUUUUUAGUUUCUUAGUUCUGUGUCAAGCUCGUAGAUCUCGUGGGAGUUUCAGAGGUGCAACUGAAUCACUUUUUUUACUGCCCGUAUGGUGCUGCACUGGACCUCGGUGAAACCAGCAGGUAUACGCUGGAGUCUGGACCUCAAAACCAGGUUCAAGAACAAUGCAAAUAGUUCUGAAGUGUAUUAUUGAAAAUAAGUGUGGAUAAGUGUUCUGAGCAAAUUGGUUUAUAAGCAGUAGGAAAAUAAUUAGCACUUGUUUUGUGUUGGGAAAAACUGGAAUGAUGUUGGAAAUGUAAAAUGAGCCAGAAGUGCUGCAAAUACAAGUACAACUCCGUGAAGAACCUGAGUUACUGUUCAUCUCGCACCAUGCCGCUCCUCUCCACAUCAAGCCAAGCCAAACCAACAGUAUGAACUUUCUGUUAAUGGAAAAGGUGUUUCUGAUUCUAUAAGCCGUUGUCCCACCAUUAAAUAUUAGUGCAUGUUUAUAAUUAACAGGAAGUCCAACUGUGUUUUAAACCACAUCACUAUGUCAAUAUGAAAGUAUGAACACUAACUUCAGAUCACAUUCCAGUCAGAUUUAGCUCUACGUCUACAUUUGGAGGAGACGCCCUGUGUGCAUUUAGGUUUCUUAGGUUUUAUAAGAUUUAGUUUUUUUUUUUUUUUUUUUAUUGGAAGGAAACUUAAUUAAAAAUGCAGAAGAAAUAAACAAAAUGCUGGUCACGCAUAUGGCGGUUGAAAUAUAUAUAAACUUAAAUGUUAAUUAAACUUUGCCAGUUUGUAUUUGCCUGAAGUUAAAUGUGAGCCAAUAAUAAAAUUAGAAUGUUGAAUUAGAGUUGUUUAGUUCCAGAUUACUGGAUUAUUAGCCUUUUUUGGACUAAUAUAGUGCUUUUUCUCUACAAGCUGGGCAUGGCUGUAGGUGUCACUCAACAAAGCCAAUAAACACGAUAGGUUAUUGUAAAUACACAGUAUGGAGAAGACACAGAAACUACCAUAUCGCCUCUAUAAAGCGCCCAAAUUCUCACCAAACACAAACAAUCCUGUGGCCCAUCAUGGCUUAGUCCAAAAGAAAAUCAAAGUGCAGUAGGAAAACUGAACAUUAAAAGGUAUAUGGACAGAUCAAUGUAUGUUUAUUUUUCAUUUGGGAAGUUUGUCUUGUAUGUUCCAAAACCACGGUGUUAAUAGAAGCAGUAACAUAAAGCGCCGCUAUGAGCUAAAACACGGGCCGUUAGAGCAAACACAUCCACAGCAGUUUGAGCUGAGGGCGUGUAAAAUACCUGACCUGUAAUGCACUAACGUCAACAUGUUGAGUAAAAGUGAUGUUAUGAACAGU